GCGAAGUAAAUAUAAUAACAGAAGCAAAUUGAUGUAAACUUUGCAUUUUCUGAUUCACCGCCGAUGUUCUUAUGUCAUAUUCAAAUCGAAUAAUUUGUCUUAAAACGAUGAUGUGACGAUCUUUAAGGACGCUGGAUGUCUGGUAUAUUGAAUUAACAGAAACAUGUUUGAGGAGGAAGAUUUCGAUCUGGCCGAUCUGGACGAGGACUUCCUUAACGACGCUUCGCAGAAAGUACCACGGCACCAAUCUGAAGCCACGUCCGAAGAGAAAGGAAUCAGUUUUAAAAGAUUCAAGAGUGACGAACAUGUUCCAAUGGAUGCCAAGUCUGAAACUACUGAAUUGGCAACGAUUAGCACCAAUGCCGUUGGCGGGAACAAGGACAGGACAAGUUUGCUACUCGAAAGACUCAAACAGCGCAAGAAUGUAACCUCGAAUAGAAAUAUACAGCGGAACACAGUUGGCGCUGAUAGCCAAAGUUUACAUUCAGAGAAACCAAAUUUGUUCAACAAACCAUUGUCACAUCGGACAAACAUUGACUCUAAAAUGAAUUCAAUUUUAGAAAGACUUGGGAAGGCUAACCCGAAAAGUAGUUCUUCCGGUAGUUCGUUUAGCUCGGUAGAAACAUCUAAAUUUACCAAUAUUAGUCACGUUGACACGGUAAACAGUUUCAAAUCGAAACUACCUGAAAGUACUGUAAAAUCUCCUAUGAAAUUCGGUAAACCAGUUUACAAUAAGCCUGUAACUUUGAUCAGAAAAUUUCCAGGACCUGCCGGCUUACUACCAGAUUCAUCGUGCGAAACAAUUCCACUGUUUAUCCCUGAUUCCGCUCAUCUCGAAGAUAGCAACGAUAGUAUGGAUAAUAUGAAAACAGUCGACAACAACACAUCUGUUUUCUCAGAAUAUUGCUCACAGAACACCACGAAUUUAUUCUCCGAAGGCGCAUGGCAACUACUGCUGAGCGAUUUGACUGAGGGUUUUUUCGAUGAUCAUGAAAUAUCAACUGUGAAAAAGAAGCUUUCGGCUAAUUCGUACAAAAACUGUAAAAUACCAUUUCUAGCAGGGGUGGUACAACGGGUUGACUUUAGUCGACCGGAUCCUUUGGUAGUUUUAAGAGAUUGCACGGGUACGAUCGAAGGAACGAUAUCAAAAGAUAUUUUAGUCAAACAUCCUUACUUCGUAGACAUUGGUACUGUUCUGUUUUUGGGCAAUGUUCCAUUCCUAACUGUAGGAACUUACCUGAAAAAACAUCAUUUCAUUGUCAUGAUGAAAAAUGUUGUAAACGUCUAUACAAAAAAGUCUAAAACUUUCACGACAUUGGAAAUGAAUGCUAGAUUAGAAAGUUUGAAAAGUCAAAGUCAUUCCUUGGAAUCUGUUGGUAACCGAGCAUUCAAUAGUUUAUGCUCUUCAAAUUCUAAUGUAGGAAGUAGAUUGUGUAAUGAACGUACAAAGACAUUUGAAAAAUCGAAUCCACAAUCUUGUCUCAGCAACUUGAAAAAUUGCACUAAUAUUGACGACAGCUUAAAUUAUACUGCCAAGCACAAAAACAACAAUGUUAGACAAUCGGUAGAAACAAGCAAUUUUUCAACUGUUACAAAACAACAAACAAAUUCAGAGGACCCGAAAAAUUACUCAAGUAAAUGCGGAAAUCCACCUUAUUUAGAUAAUAAGGAAAAUUCUCACACUUUGAAAGAUAAUGAAAAUUCUUCUAAAUGUAUUAUUAACAAAAAUGUCAAGUUUGCCUUCGAGUCUGACGACUUUGAUGAUGAAUUUUCUGCUUCCUUUCUUGAUAUUGAUGACGAACUGGUUUCGCAAGUUAUAACAAACACUGAUUCAGUUACUCACAAAGAAAUCGAAACAAAGAGCACAAUUUCAAGUAAACAGCAUACAGUUAAAUCCAAAACAAAUCCUGUACAGUGUGUUGCUGUGCAAUCAAGUGUCAAUUCAAUUAAAGAAAAUGAAUCUGUUCCAAAAGUUUUCAGCUCAUGCAUUAAUAACGUAGAGAAAUCUGUAACAAAUGGAGAAAAAGUAACAGUUGUUUCAAGAGUUAAUGGGCAAUCGAACACGUCCAAAGUUUCUGAGACUAAGCUCAAAUUAGCUAUGUUUAGAAGCAAUGAUGACUUGACUCCGCCCGAUUAUGAAAAUAUUAAUACUACUUUAGCUCAUAACGAAAACGUAAAAAAACUUGAAGAUAAAAAUAAUGAACGAGAUAAACCAACUUCCACAUCCAACUUUAUGUCUCAUAUAGCAGAUGAUUCGGACGAAGAAUUUCUUUCUCAACUGGACGUGGAAUCUAUUGUUUCACGCUACAACAAACUGAGUAACGUGAACUAAUGAGAUGGAGACUUGAUUAAUUAUAUCAGAAACGUUUGCAAAUAAUGAUGAUGACAUAAAUUCUAUAUUAAGUACACAAGCUGCUACAGACAUCUGUAAUGAUUAUUAUUAAAAAUAACUGUAAACUCAUCCUGAACGCAGGAAACUUUACUAAAUUGUGAUACUAGAAAAAUAAAUACCACAUAGUUUAAUUUCAUAAUAACGUUAUACCGUUGUGUACAGGAUUUAUUAUAUGACUAGCUUUUAUUUAGUCCUUGAAUUUUGGAUGAAUCUGUAUUUUGGUAUGAAAUAGUUCGAUUAUUUAUAUCCAUACUUAUUAUAAUAAGCUUAUUAUUCUGAUAAUGAAAGUAAGUAGAUACAUUAGCGAGAAAAAGAAAACCAUGAAACAUAAAUCUAUGUCAAAAAUUGCGC